UGCUACACAACCUUAAUAAAAAAAGAACCGCAUCAAGGAUGUUUACUGUUCUAAAAAAGAUUUGCGAAGCCUGUGCUGAAGCUGGCGCCGUGUUGUUGUGAGCGAUGAGUUUUGUUCUCAGAAAUCUCCAGGGAGUGGUGCCUCUACGACGGGCAAAACUUCGAAGGGAAGUGGAAACACUGAGGCAGAUAUUGGGCAUACAGAGGUUUGACCUGGGGUUGAUCUGCGUGGACAACCAGAGGAUUCAACACAUCAAUAAAACAUACAGGCAUAAAGACACGCCAACUGACGUACUUUCAUUCCCCUUCUAUGAGGAUCUGAAGGCAGGUGAACUGCCCUCUCAACUCGACCGAGAUGAAUGUAACCUGGGAGACAUCUUUUUGGGGGUGGAGUAUUUGCUGAGACAGUGCAAUGAGGAGGGAUGGGAUUUCCACAGCGCCCUCACUGUAGUUACAGCUCAUGGGAUUUGUCACCUCCUGGGGUACAGGCAUGAAACAGAAGAAGAAUGGAAACAGAUGUUUCAGAAAGAGUCAUUUAUUCUCCAUGAGUUCAACAAACGCACAGGCUGCCACCUUGAACCACUUACCAAGGAGUACAAUUCAGAAAAAUAAACUGCAGAGAAGAUGAUCAACGGUCGUUAGUAGACUCCAUGCAGAAAAUGGAUGCAUUGCAGAGGCUACUGACUGACGAAAGUUUUGAUUUCUGUAUAGUAUUAACAGUCAAAAAUUCAAAUGUUUGAUUCAAAUCUGUUUGUAUCAUCAUAGAUAUACAUAUAAAUUGUUGAUCAUAAAUGUCAUCUAUAAAAUGAUGGCAGCAUGGCACACAAUCCUGGACAGUAAAUGUGAAUGUCUUUAACUCUCUAUAUUAUAAUCUGUAUAAUAAAAUGAGCAUUUUCAUCUUUUA